AUGAAAGCAUUCAAAGGUGGACUUUCCAGCAUUAAAAAAGGAUGGCAAAGUUCUGAAGAGAGUACAUCCAGAUCUGGUCCAGAGGACCAAAUGAGGUCAUUCGACUAUUUCGAAGAUGACGAGCCAUUGCCACAAGUGAAACUGCAUGGCUAUACUGAAAGCACGAAAAGUCGUCUUUUGACGCCAGAAAUAUGUGAUGAAAUUAGAAAUCUGAUGCCUACUAGAAUUCAAUUAUAUCCUGAUUGGCACCUGUUGUAUAGCUUGCAACAACAUGGCGCAUCGCUGCACUCAUUAUAUGAUAAAGUAUCUCCAGAAACUAAGAACCCUGGCCGCGUCGGGUAUAUUUUGUUGAUAGAAGAUCGAAGGGGCGGGAUUUUUGGAGCGUAUUGUAACGAACCCUUUAGACAUUCAGAAAGCAAGCAGUACUACGGGAAUGGCGAAUGUUUCCUUUGGAAACUCGAAAAGGUCGCCAAUGUAACCCUUGGACAAAGCAGGCGGGCGUCCGAUAGUAGCUAUGAUCAUAAGUGGGGAUUCAGGGGGUACCCAUACACCGGACUGAACCAGUUUGUUAUGUACAGCACCAGCCAGUUUUUGUCAAUGGGAGCCGGAGAUGGCCAUUAUGGGUUAUGGUGCGAUGAUGGCCUGGUGAACGGCGUCUCUGACCCAAGUCUCACUUUUGGAAACGAUGUUUUGAGUCGCGAAGGCAACAAAUUUCACAUUGUAAACCUUGAAGUGUGGAGGGCAGGUUGA